UAAGAAUUGAUAAUACUUAUUAGAGCUUUAUUAAUUGAGGAAUAAAUUGAUUCUUUGAUGUCAUUCAGUUGAUGCACUUUAAUGACGUGCAGGUGCAUUGACCUGUUUAUAGAUUUUCUCCAGUUUCAGAAGUUGUAAAUUGAAACUGACAGUUAUUGGUCUGUGAGUGAUUGUGGGAAUAAUUAGGUGCACGUGGCUCUGGGUCUAUUAUUAAAUGCACAAGAACUUAACUCAAGUCUUAACUCAACCGACCACUGACGACUGAAGGGCGUCCUAGCGGUGCAGAACAAUAUGAUCAUUACAGAAUGCUAUAGACACACAGGCGAGUUUCUGAAUUAUUCAAAAGUUGAGAUUUGUUUUUAGAUUAAAUUAAAGUACAGUUUGAAUUAAAAUUUGGUUUAAUUUAUUUAAAAUUGGCACAUUUAAUUUGAGAGAAACUAAAAACUAAUUUAUAUGUUAGCACAACAUUUAAAUGUAAAAGUUGUUUUCAUUCUUUUUAAACAGUAUUUUGGUCCCUUUUUACAUUAGAAAUGAAUAACAAAUGUAUAAAAUGAAUAACAGUGUCAUAUUUUGAAACAGUGUGCUCAUGACCCAGAAGAAAUUUAUCUUCCAUUAUAAAAAUGUGCGCUGGGCCCGAGGGAGACACGAGACGUACCUUUGUUUUGUUGUAAAGAGACGCACCGGCCCUGAUUCCCUCUCUUUUGACUUUGGACACCUGCGCAAUCGAACCGGCUGCCAUGUAGAGCUACUCUUUCUACGUCACUUGGGUGCGUUAUGUCCUGGGCUGUGGGGAUCCAAUGUGGACGGUGUGAGAAUGUGUUACGCAGUGACCUGGUUCUGCUCCUGGUCGCCCUGCUCUAAAUGUGCUGAACAACUUGCCCACUUCCUGUCGCAGACACCCAAUCUCCGUCUGAGAAUCUUUGUGUCACGCCUUUACUUCUGUGAUGAAGAGGACAGCCAGGAAAGGGAAGGACUGCGACACCUGAAGAGGGCAGGAGUGCAGAUCUCUGUGAUGACUUAUAAAGACUAUUUCUACUGCUGGCAAACAUUUGUGGCACGGAGGGAGAGGAGGUUUAAAGCCUGGGAUGACCUUCACCAAAACUCUGUCCGACUCGUUCGAAAACUCAAUCGGAUCCUGCAGCCAUGCGAGACUGAGGAUCUGAGGGAUGGUUUCGCUCUCCUCGGGCUAUGAUCACAAAUAUGAGAUUUGCAAAUCAAUGAACACUGAGAUAUGAACUGAAUGGGAUUAAAAGAAAUGGUGCUGUAGACCUGAGACUUGAAUCCUGUGACUUGAAUCUGACUUGAUUCUUAUCUAGUACUGUAUUGUAUGUAGCAUUAAUGUGAUUAUGUUGGAUGUCAAAAUAAAAGCUGUUA